UGUUGGAAAAGUAAAUUUGCAGUGGCGCCUGCCCUGUAAGCGUGUGUACUUUUGGAAAGGUAUCCCUCAGACAGCGCAUAACAUUAACUAACAAUGUGUUGUGUCCAUUUCCGCAACCUGAAAAAUUGAAAACUGUACUAACUCCUACGGAUUUGUCUUGUUUUGUUGACUCUGACUUUUCUCGUACCCUCUCUUCAAUCUCGCCGUCAGGGGGAAUUGCUGCAAAGCGUAUUGUAAUUCCGUUUUGAGUUGUGGGUCUACGGAUGAUGCUUGAUCAUUUGAAAUUUUGAUAAAGUUCGAGUCUUUGGGAAUUGGGUGUUCUUGUUUUUAUGAAACGGAGGAUUAAAACGAAGUGUGAGCGUUGAGAAAUUUGGGUUCAUUGACUAUCUUCUGAAUUGAAUUAGUGGGGCUUAAAAUUAAUUAGAAAUGGGGAAGAGAAGGAAGAAUUUUAGUGUGAGUGAAGCUAUGGAGUCCUUGAAUAACUUGCUGGCAGAAAAGCCUUUUCUUCCUGUCCUGGUUCUGUUGUUCUUAAUGGUUUGGGGAAUUGAGAAGUGGUUUUUCUCCCUCUCAAAUUGGGUUCCUCUUGCUUUUGCUGUCUGGGCUGCUUUUCAGUACACACGUUAUCAACGCCACAUUCUUGCGGAAGACUUGAAUAAGAAAUGGAUGCAAACAUUGCUGCAAAAUUCACAAGCUACACCUUUGGAACAAUGUGAGUGGCUAAACAAGCUACUAUUGGAAAUUUGGCCGAACUUCAUCGGUAAAAGGCUGUCUUUGAGGUUCGCUUACAUGGUUGAGAGGCGUUUGAAACAUCGUAAACCGAGGAUCAUUGAAAAGAUUGAAUUACAAGAAUUUUCACUAGGUUCUCGUCCUCCAAUCCUGGGGAUUCACGGAAUCAGGUGGUCAACAUCAGGUGAUCAGCGAAUCUUGCAUAUGGGCUUUGAUUGGGACACUGAUGAUAUUAGUGUAUUAUUGCUGGCUAAGCUGGGAAAGCCAUUGAUGGGAACUGCACGGAUAGUGAUUAACAGCCUACAUAUCAAGGGUGAUCUUCAAUUGAUUCCAGUUCUUGAUGGAAAGGCAAUCUUAUACUCUUUCGUCUCAACUCCGGAAGUUAGGAUUGGCAUUGCAUUUGGAAGUGGUGGAAGCCAGUCUCUUCCAGCAACAGAGGUGCCGGGUGUUUCUGCAUGGCUGGUUAAGGUUGCAACGGAUCUGUUAGUUAAAAGGAUGGUUGAACCUCGACGCAAUUGUUUAGCUUUACCUGCCGUGAACUUGGAGAAAAAAGCUGUUGGCGGUGUAUUAUCUGUCACUGUAAUAUCAGCAAGCCAAAUUUCGAGGAGUAUUUCCAGGAAACAACAGAGCCCAGUUACAGAUGAUUGUACAGAUGGUCUUCUUGAUUAUAAAGAUCUGCGUACAUUUGUGGAGGUUGAACUCGAGGAGUUAAGUAGAAAAACCGAUGUCAAACCAGGUUCAUGCCCUAGAUGGGACUCGAAAUUCAAUAUGACUCUACAUGAUGACACGGGGACCCUUAGGUUCAAUCUAUAUGAAUGUACUCCUGGCAGUGUGAAGUGCGAUUAUCUAACCAGCUGUGAAAUAAAGAUGAAAUAUGUUCCGGAUGAUUCGACAAUAUUUUGGGCAGCUGAUGGUGAGUCUGCAAUCACUAGGCAAGCUGAGUUUUGUGGCAAGGAAAUUGACAUGGUGGUUCCAUUUGAGGGGGUUAAUUCAGGGGAGUUGUCAGUAAAACUUGCCUUGAAAGAAUGGCAAUUUUCUGAUGGAUCUCAUACCACAAGACUUCCCCAUAUUGGCUCUCAACCAUCACUCAAUGGCUCGUCCAACUUUCCUUUAAACACCGGUAGAAAAAUUUAUGUUACUGUGAUCGAAGGGAAAAACCUUCCCUCAAAAGGUCGACAUGGCAAGUCUGGCUCUGGAACCUAUGUCAAGCUGCAGUACGGGAAGGCUCUAAAACGAACUAGAACUGCCCCACAUACUUCAGAUCCAGAGUGGAAUCACAAGUUUGAAUUUGAUGAAAUUGGCGGUGGUGAAUAUCUGAAGAUAAAGUGUUUCAUUGAAGAAAGGUUUAGUGACGAGAAUAUUGGUAGUGCACGAGUAAACUUAGAAGGACUCGUAGAAGGGUCUCCAAAGGACGUUUGGAUUCCCCUUGAAAAGGUUAAUUCUGGAGAACUGCGACUUCACAUAGAAGCAGUGCGAGUUGAUGAUUAUGAAGGAUCCAAGGGUCCACGAAACGGCUGGAUUGAACUUACUCUCAUUGAGGGAAGAGACCUUAUUGCCGCUGAUUUCAGAGGAACAAGUGAUCCAUAUGUGAGAGUACACUAUGGAAAUCUGAAGAGAAGAACAAAGGUUAUGUAUAAAACUCUGAAUCCACAGUGGCACCAGACCUUAGAAUUUCCCGAUGAUGGUAGUCCGAUGUCAUUGCAUGUGAAGGACCAUAAUGCUUUGUUACCAGAAUCGAGCAUAGGCGAUUGUGUCAUAGAAUAUCAAAGGUUUCCUCGAAAUCAAAUGUUUGACAAGUGGAUUCCCCUUCAAGGUGUGAGAAGAGGAGAGAUUCAUAUUCAAAUCACGCGCAAAGUUCCAGACCUAGAAAAGAAACCAAGUGUGGACGCUGUGUCUUCAGUAGCUAAAGCACGGCAUGACAUUUCUCAGCAGAUGAAGCAAAUGAUGAUCAAGCUUCAGUCCCUAGUGGAUGACAAUGACCAUGAAGGACUCUCAACAUCAUUGCACGAGCUAGAAAGCCUCCACGAAACCCAAGAAGACUUCAUGCUCCAGCUGGAGAACGAGCAGGCGCUUCUACUAAACAAGAUAAACGAACUCGGCCAGGAAAUCUUCAACUCCUCGUCGUCAACAAACUUGGAUAGAAAAUCUACAUUUCCUUGACAGAUGCAACUGCUUCUUCAUCAGCGCUCCUCUUUCCCGUGCAUUAAGGUACUCUUCUCAGUUCUCACACAGAAUUCAUUACCGGUGGAUGGAUAACAGAAUCCAGAAACUUCAAUUUGUUGUCUUGUAAUUUGUAUAGUGAAUAAUGGAGCUGUGGCUUUCAAUAUAGUGCAAGUGUGUGUAGCCUUAUGUAGUUGGCAAUCAUAUAGUGAAAAUAACAUGUUUAUAUGUUGAAUGUUUGCAAGAUUGAGUGAUGGAUAUAUGAUUUAAUGAUAGGAAUGCAAUAGUAUAUUCUUUUUUGGGUAUUUUAAA